CAGAGCACAGGACAAUGAAACAUGAGGACUAUAUAAAGGGGAGGAAAUCAAGAGGGAACAGGUGUGAGACAUGAACUAAUCAACAAGCAAUAACGAGGGAUACAAAAGGGCGGGAAAACAGACAAAGACCGGAGAGAGUAUCGAAGACCGAAAGGGUCAAAAAGACUCUCUCCACACAUAACCAAAGACUUUGUCAUGGCUCUGCUACAGGACCAAGAAAAGCAUAACUAAAUGAAGCAGAGCCAUGACAACUCCAGUGGUUAAGCCUUAACUGUAUAAAGUGACAAUGAUGCUUUUUGUGCACAAACAAAAAUAACAACUUUAUUCAUCAAUUUAUUGACCAUGUGACGCACGCAUGUGUGCAGGCGCGGAUUAAUGCACAGGCUUGCCUAGGCUGCAGCCUAGGGGCCCCACUUGUUUAGGGGCCUCUGAUUGGCCAGAUUAUUUUUUUUAUUUACUUCAGCGCGAACAAAAAAUAGACCCUCAUUGGCCCAUAAAAAAUAUAACAAAAAAUAAGCCGUUGAUUGGAUAGAUGUGACAUUUGGGUCACAUCUGUCCAAUCAGCUGCUGGUGAAAUCAUGUCAAUCUUUUUAAUUUACAUCACUGCUAUUGCUAGACUGCAUAGCGGCAAAAUGUCCAUAAGAAAGUACAAUAGUGGAGCACAAAAACAGAAAAUACAAAGGUUAAAAGAACGACGUGACUAAGAUAGCAGCAGGAGGACUGGCAGCGCGCAUUGGCUAACAUCGUUGCUGCAUUCAGCGGUUGAAACAACUGCAGCGUUAUCCUUAGCUGUUGCAGCAGUUAGCUCAUCAUGUUAUUCCAGUUAUUCCAAAGUAAAUGCAUUGUAAUCGGCUAAAGCGCAUGUGCAGGGUUUGGUACCCUGGUGCGCAACGGAGUUCGUGUGACAGCUUUUACAUUAGCGUUUUUUCGCAAACCGUGCCCCGUUCCGAAGUAAACUUCAUGCGUUACAGGCACCUGAAAGCCACCUAAGGGGGGGCCUCAUCCAAAGAGCAGCCUAGGGGCCCCGGACCACCUUAAUCCGCUCCUGCAUGCAUGUGGUGCUGACGUAGAACGGUGGCUCCUGUGUCUGCUCAAUAUGCAUGUGUUGUGAACACUGGCUCCUGCGACAAUGCACACAUACGCCCUGUGGUCGUCCGGAGGCGCAUAGGAGACUGAUGAAUGAAAUCAGGAAAUUGUUAUAGUCGUCCUUUUUUGCCGGAGUAUCGCUUUAAAGCAAUGAUAAUUUGAUUGACAGGGCUAAUAAUAACAGCUCCAUCAACUGCAAAGCUUGUUACAAGAUCUGGCUCAAGAAUAUAAGUGUUCAAUGUGCCAUGAUCACUAUUAAUUUGAAAAAAUGUUGCGUAAACCUGUCGAUACACAUACACAUGUAAUUGAACUUUUUCUUUAUAGCUAUUAAAAUGUCAAUGACAAUUGAUAAACCUUUCGAUACCAGUCUCACCAAACCUGAAGACAGUCAUUACAAAGAUUUUGCCAAACAAAUCCAGGAUGCAGUCGAACAAAGUUACAAAAGUCUGCCUAGCUACAAAACCGGUUCAGUAAAUGUCACUGGCUUCAGACCUGGAAGCACUAUAGCAGACUACACGAUUAUCGCAACCAACAGCAAUCUGGAUUUUACCUCAGCAAACAUAAAUCUUUACAACAUUCUCUUGAGUAAAGGAAUCACUGUUGCUGCCAAUGGUUUUGCUCAGUCCGAACAAAAGCCCCUGAUCAGUACAUCAGGUAACUUAUAUCCUCAGCAAAAGUUGGAGCUGAAAUGUCCCCAGUCUGUUAACAGAACAAUAACAUGGAAAGUUAAUGAAAAAGAUCCAGACAGCACAAAAUAUACCAUUUCAGAAGACGGUGGCACACUUACGUUGAACAGUGCUGCUUACAGUGACCAUGGCAGAUACUCAUGCAUCAUGCAAACCGCUUCAAUACCUUACAUCCAGUGGCAAGAUAUUAGCAUCGAACAAGAACCCAGUAUCAGUGUGGGUGACAAUGAACGUGUUUUUCCAUGUGAUGGAAGGACUGUUCAGUUAACAUGCUAUGUUAAUGCAGACUACAGUGUCGAGUGGGUCCUGAAUGGCAAUGUGCAAACGUCAGAAAUCGGAUCAGAUUCCAUCACAGUACACCAUAUAGUACCAAAGGACAAUUGUAGGGAAGAAAUCUUAACCUGUCGACUAAAGGGUUUACCACAACUACUUGGUUACAGUUAUAGCACGAGGAGUGUCACGGUAAAGACGAGCACAGAAGAUUUCACCUGUCAAGAUAACACACUUGGAUUUGGAAAAACAAAUGAUAUGACUAAAGGACUGUGUGAGAAUGGCAAGGAAGGAAGCAUAACGUAUAAAUGCAAAUCAAAUGGUUGGGCAAUAGAACAGGAUGACUGUGUGCUCAAAGUUAUCAAAGAUCUUGAAAGCAAAGUGCAGGGUUUAGCUGUGACUGCUAUUCCACAGUUUAUGGCAGAACUCAGUAAUGCUGUUGAGCAGAAUAAUGCUAGUGUAACCCAAUCUGCUGCGACUGUCAAAACAAUUGUUGAGAUCCUCUCUAACAUUGCUGAUUUGUCAAAAAACAUAACCCACAAAAAACCUGUUAUGGAGAGUUUCUUAAACACAGUGGACAUCAUCGUGUCAGAUAAUUCCAGUAAAACUUGGAAUGAUUUGAACAAUAAAAACACGACAGGAAACACCAGCGUUAAACUUCUGGAAGCUAUUGAGAAUAUAAGCGAUCGACUUUCAGAUGUGUUUGCAGUUAAUCUGUCAUCUAUUCAUUUGAAUAGAGUUACAAUAAAAAACUCAUUCAACCAAACAUCUCAACUACCAAGCUCAACGACUCAGAUUGUGAUACCAAAUAUUUCUAAACCAACCUUCAUAACUGUUAUAUUCUUUUCAAAGCUUAACGAUGUUCUACCUACUCGUAAUACCCCAAAUAAUGACAACAGGACAUCCCAAAACCGUAUUAAUGGAGACGUGGUUGUGGUUAAGGUUAAUGAAACAAUUAACAACAUUUCGUUUGGUUUUGACAUCACAAAUACAUCAUUGGGAAAUCCUCAGUGUGUCUUUUGGAACUUUGAUCUCGACCGAUGGGAUUCAACUGGAUGUAAAGUCAAGAUAACCGGGAAUGAAACAGACAAGGUUACAUGUGAAUGCAACCACACAACCUCUUUUUCUCUCCUGAUGUCACCGUUUGCAAUCACAGACCCUGUGAAACGCACAGCCUUAGCCUAUAUAACAUACAUCGGUGUUGCUAUUUCAAUGGCCAGCUUGGUUCUGUGUCUCAUUAUUGAGAUGAUUGUAUGGAAGUCAGUGACACGAAAUGACACGUCUUACAUGCGGCAUGUCUCAAUAGUCAACAUCGCUGUGUCUCUGCUGAUUGCAAACGUCUGUUUCAUCAUUGGAGCUGCAAUCGCAGAUCAAGACAUAAAACAAGAGCAGAUGAUCUCAGUGGGUCGCUGCAGUGCAGUGGUUUUCUUCAUGCACUUUUUUUACCUGGCUCUUUUCUUCUGGAUGCUCGUUUCAGCACUUUUGCUCCUUUACAGCACUGUCAUCGUCUUUGGUCAACUGUCAAGAACUGAAAUGAUGGUCAUUGCCUUCACAGUUGGUUAUGGUGCACCUUUGCUCAUAGCAGUUAUUACUGUCGCGUUCACAGCUGGGCCUAAAAACUAUGUUUCAAAAGAAAAUGCAUGCUGGCUGAACUGGAAUCCAUCUCGGGCCCUGCUGGCAUUUGUGAUUCCAGCUCUGGCUAUCUUCGCCUUUAACCUCAUGGUUGUUAUUGUAGUUGUGUAUAAGAUGUUAAGGAGAGGACAUGGAGCCACAACUCAACCAGAUGAGAAACAUGUUCUUGUGGUCAUUGCCAAAUCUGUGGCUUUCCUGACUCCUAUCUUUGGUCUAACAUGGGGAUUUGGGAUUGGAACCAUGGUGUCACCUGACUUUGGCAUUCAUGUGGUGUUUGCACUUCUAAACUCCCUGCAGGGGUUCUUUGUGUUGGUGUUUGGAAUUAUUUUAGACAACAAGGUUCGUCAGUAUCUAUCAAGAGAGCUGUCAUUAAAGAAACUUAGUUCCACAGGUACCAGGAGCACUAGUGCAGGAGCGUCUUCAAGUCGACUAGGUUUCUGGCAAAGGAAUAGAAAUGCGUACCACUUAUCUAAUCCCAACACUUCCUCAGGACCUUCAUCCUAAAAACAGGACAGGAGUCUCAUGUUCCGAUGUGUGCUUAUGUGUGCGAUGUGUUCUGCUACUGAUAACUUGAGAAAUGUUUCUUUGUUCUAGAAUAAUUGCUUGUAAUUUUAUAUUUUGUUAAGAAUGCAUUUGAAGACAGUGAUUAGUGGUAUAAUUUACAGCAUGUUCUUUUUGUACUUGGAAAAUGUAUAUUUUUGCAGUUGUGUAAUUUGGCCCCAAGAAAGCAACAACUUAUAUUUGUUCAUAAAACCAUUAAAAUUUUUUGCCAUCAAAUACUUCAGCUUGUGAU